UGCUCGCCAGCCGGCGCGCGCUCGCGCUCGUUCCCUGGCGUCUGCGUGGUUCCCGGGCCUCGCCGCGCGCUUGCGCUCGUUCCCGAGGUCGCGCGCGGCCGGCUGGUCCCCGCCCCCCCCAGGCCCGCCGAGCUCCGGGCCUUCACCGCCAUGUGCUCGUUAGCGUCAGGCACUACCGGCGGCCGGGGCGCCGUGCAGGAGGAGGAGGAGGAGGAGGAGGAGGAGGACCUGCCCGAACUGUCGGACAGCGGCGACGAGGCCGCCUGGGAGGAUGAGGACGGUGCCGAGCCCCCGCACGACAAGCAGCAGACCCCCUGCCUGUUCUGUAACAGGUUAUUCACAUCUGCUGAAGAAACAUUUUCACACUGUAAGUCAGAACAUCAAUUUAAUAUUGAUAACAUGGUCCAUAAACAUGGACUUGAAUUUUAUGGAUACAUUAAACUAAUAAAUUUUAUUAGACUUAAGAAUCCCACAGUUGAAUAUAUGAAUUCCAUAUAUAACCCAGUGCCUUGGGAAAAAGAAGAGUAUUUGAAGCCUGUAUUAGAAGAUGACCUUUUACUUCAAUUUGAUGUAGAAGAUCUUUACGAACCUGUGUCAGUCCCAUUCUCAUAUCCCAAUGGACUCAGUGAAAAUACAUCUGUUGUUGAAAAAUUGAGACGUAUGGAAGCCAGGGCGCUCUCUGCUGAAGCUGCAUUAGCUAGAGCACGUGAGGAUCUGCAAAGAAUGAAACAAUUUGCUCAGGAUUUUGUGAUGAACGCAGAUGUCAGAACCUGCUCGUCAUCUACUGCCAUUGCCGACCUCCAGGAGGAUGAGGAUGGUGUUUAUUUCAGCUCAUACGGGCAUUAUGGGAUACAUGAAGAAAUGCUAAAGGACAAAGUACGAACAGAAAGCUACAGAGAUUUUAUAUACCGAAAUCCACACAUCUUCAAAGAUAAGGUGAGUAGUAUAGGCUACAAAAUUGUACAGUUCAUGUUGUUCUUGAGCAAUAGAAAUCCUGUCUUUGGUCAUUAUUGUGAUAGCAGUUAUUCCAUACAUCCCAGCUCUGUGUCAUAG